AUGGCAGCUAAGACAAUCAUCGUCACCGGAGCCUCAAGAGGCAUUGGUCUUGCUGUGACCAAUUAUCUGCUCACAGCACCUCAAUCCCAUAAUGUGGUAGUGGUGGCCCGCAGUGUCGAGCCUCUUCAAAAGCUCAAGGAGCAAUACAGCAAGCAGGUUGAAGUGGUGAAUGGUGACCUGGCAGACUUUUCUCUAGCCCAGAAGGCCGUCGACACAGCUAUCAAUAAAUUUGGCCAGCUCGACGGAUUGGUCCUCAACCACGGCCUCCUGGGUCAAGUCGGUAAAAUUUCCGAAGCUGAUCCACAACAGUGGAAGGAAACCUUUGAUGUCAAUUUUAUCAGUUUGGUUGCUUUUGCCAAAGCGGCUCUACCGGCUCUGCGUAAAUCCAAGGGCAAAAUUAUCUUCACGUCUUCUGGUGCUGCCGUCAACGCUUACCGAGGCUGGGCUCUUUACGCUGCCACCAAGGCCGCCAUGAACAACUUUGCUAUGAGCUUGGGUGCUGAAGAACCCGAUGUCACUUCCGUGUCUAUCAGGCCUGGUAUGGUUGACACUGAAAUGCAACGUGCACUUCGGGAAGAUCAUGCUACGGCUUUGGAUGCCGAGAUGCAUUCCAAGUUCACUGGAGUCCACAAGGACGGCAAGCUCCUCAAGCCCGAGCAGCCCGGUCAUGUCAUGGCCAAGCUGGUCCUCGAUGCGCCGAAGGAGAUCAGCGGCCACUUCUACUCAUGGAACGACAAGGAACUGGAGAGUUUUCAGGCAUAG